UGCUAAUAUGAAGAACUCAUUUACUUUUAUGAUGUUACAACGCAUUUUAGAUGCCGCGAUGUUUGACGUGGAGUAUGGGAAGUGGCUCGUGGAUCACCACCGGCUGAUGUGCGAAAUGAGGGCUGCAAUGCAGGAGCAUUUGCCAGAAAACGAGCUGCGGAUGCUUGUGGACAAGUGUCUGUUGCACUACGAUGCAGUGAUGAGCCUCAAGAGCGUCAUGGCCAGGUCUGAUGCCUUCCAUCUCUACUCUGGCAUGUGGAUGACCCCCGCAGAGCGCUGCUUCAUGUGGAUUGGUGGCUUCCGCCCAUCUGAGCUCAUCAAGAUUGUUCUAAGACACAUAGAGCCACUUACGGAGCAGCAGAUAGUAGGAGUGUGCGGCCUGCAACAAUCCGUUCAUGAGACGGAGGAAGCCUUGAGCCAAGGACUUGAAGCCCUUUUCCGAUCCCUUUCUGACACCAUCAUCUCUGAUGCGUUGGGCUCUCCAUCUGACGUGGGCAACUACAUAAGCCAGAUGGUCGUAGCCAUGAACAAGCUCUCUGCUCUUGAAGCUUUCGUUAGACAGGCGGAUAAUCUGAGGCAGCAGACUGUCCACAGGCUUCAACUGAUUCUCAGCACCCAUCAGGCAGCUCGGUGCUUCUUGGCGAUGGCUGAGCAUUUCCACCGCCUCCGUGCCCUCAGCUCCCUGUGGCUCACUCGGCCAAGGCAGUAGCGAGAUUAGAAACUCAAGAGAUAUACAGGUAGGAAAAGAGGCAGGGUUACUCAAUUAGGAAACUGAAACUGAAAAAAUAGAACAUAUAGGUCAGUUCAACAUUCUCAUUACUUGUUCCUUUUAAUCUGAAUUGAGUUUCAUAGAGAUGUAGGAGGACCGGGACCUUUUAUCUUUGGUAGAAUUGCAAGAUGGUAUCCGCAUAGAUGGAUACGUUGCAAUGGAGUAUGGGUAGGGUCUCCCAUCCUCUUCUGCUCUUUCUUAGCCUUCCUUCGUAUGGGAGGAAAGUAAACUUGUGCUGAAGGGAGUUCUUUGAGCAGCCUUUUCUGACUACAUAUGGACAGGUAAAAUUAAAGUUGAAGACAAAGAGGGCUAAGAUCUUAAGAAUAGGAGGACGAGGAGGAGUUCUCUUUCUUUUCUUUCAUUUUUUUUCUUUUUAACUUUUUCAAUAAUUUCCUAGGAUCAGCUAGGUAAAGGGGACUGAUUUCUACUGAACUUUGGCUGAUGUUUCGAUAUUAAUGUAGCCUGUCCUUUUUCUUUUA